AUGCAGGCUUCACGGCAGCAGAUAGGACGCCAAUUGCUCUCCGGGCGGAGGACGCCGGCAGUAGGAGAAGCAUACCGCUGCUUUUCCUUCUCAACCAGACAAGCACGACCUCAACACCCAUCAUCCCCGCCGCCACCACCACCACCAAAGUCCCCGCAAGAUGCACCGCAAACAACGCACUUUGGCUUUGAAACAAUCGCCGAGGCCCUCAAGGAGCAGCGAGUCGCCUCUGUCUUCUCCUCGGUCGCCUCCUCCUACGACUCCAUGAACGACUUCAUGUCCCUCGGCAUCCACCGCCUCUGGAAAGACCACUUCGUGCGGAACCUAAACCCAGGCCUCAACCCCCUCACCACCUCUUCCUCGCAGCAAGGAAUGAACAUCCUCGACAUCGCCGGCGGCACCGGCGACAUCGCCUUCCGCAUGCUCGACCACGCCUCGCACAUAAACCACGACGCCCACACGCGCGUCACCGUCGCAGACAUCAACCCCGCCAUGCUUUCCGAAGGCAAAAAGCGCUCCCUGUCAACCCCCUACGCGCGCUCUCCUCGCUUGAAAUUUGUAGAAGCCAAUGCCGAGGAUCUGCACAUGGUACCCGAUGCCUCUGUCGAUUUAUACACCGUUGCAUUCGGUAUCAGGAAUUUCACUCACAAAGACGUCGCGCUGAGGGAAGCCUACAGAGUACUCAAACCCGGCGGCGUCUUCGCCUGCCUCGAGUUUAGCAAGGUCCAGAAUCCACUGUUUGAUGCCGUGUAUCAGCGCUGGAGCUUCGGUGCUAUUCCCCUCAUAGGCCAGCUUGUAGCCGGUGAUAGGGAUAGCUAUCAGUACCUUGUGGAGAGUAUUGCGCGUUUCCCGAGUCAGGAGGAGUUUAGUGCUAUGAUUAGGGAGGCGGGGUUUUUGGUACCCGGAAAGGGGUGGGAGGAUUUGACAAAUGGGAUUGCGGCGAUACAUAAGGGUGUGAAGCCUGUGGGGGAGAAGAAGGUGUAG